GAAAAAUUGACCAGGCUUCUGCCCUGUUGGAAGAGAGCAGAAAAUGAUGAAGUCCCAGGGCUUAGUAUCAUUCAAGGAUGUGGCUGUGGAUUUUACCCAAGAGGAGUGGCAGCAACUGGACCCUGCUCAGAGGACCCUGUACAGAGAUGUGAUGCUGGAGAACUUCAGCCACCUGGUCUCAAUGGGAUAUCCAGUUUCCAAACCAGAUGUCAUCUCUAAGUUGGAACAAGGAGAAGAUCCAUGGAUCAUAAAGAGAGACAUACCAAAUUGGAUCUUACCAGAUGAAAAUCAGGCAGAUGGGAGACAAGGGAAGAAAAGUAACCUUGACAACCCCAAAUCAUGUAUUUUGGGGUCUGUUUCCUUCCGUAAUAAUAUCCUGAAAGGAGUCACAAAGGAUGGUUCAUUGUACUCCAUCUUAAAAGUCUGUCAAGAUGGUGGCCAGCUACAGAGAUGUCAGGAAAACCAAGACAAGCUUUUCAGGCAAGUAACAGUCAUUAACAACAAAACAGUGACUGUGGAGUCAGGCCAUAAAUAUAAUGUGUUGGGAAAAAUAUUUCACGAUUGCAUAGAGCCAGAUACUUCAAGACAAAGAUGCCAUAACUAUGAUGUAUUUAAAAAGAACUUGAAAUAUAAUAUUGACCUACGUAGUUGUAAUAAGAGCAAUUCAAGAAAAAGCCCUGAUGAGAGUUUUGGAUGUGGAAAAUCAUCUAGCCAUGGUGCAUCUGAUUCUAAUCUUGAGAAAAUUCACAAUGGAGUAAUGCCCUGUAAUAAUAAUCAGUGUGGAAACAUUUUUAGUAGUAAACAAUCCCUUAUUCAGUAUCAGAAUGUUGAAACUAAGGAGAAAACCUGUGUAUGUAUUACGUGUGGAAAAGCCUUUGCUAAGAAGUCACAGCUUAUUGUACAUCAACGAAUUCAUACUGGAAAGAAACCAUAUGAUUGUGGUGCAUGUGGGAAAGCCUUCAGUGAGAAGUUUCAUCUCAUCGUACAUCAGAGAACUCAUACUGGGGAGAAACCUUAUGAAUGUUCUGAAUGUGGAAAAGCCUUCUCUCAAAAAUCUUCCCUCAUUAUACAUCAGAGAGUUCACACUGGGGAAAAACCAUAUGAGUGCAGUGAAUGUGGGAAAGCCUUCUCCCAGAAAUCACCCCUCAUUAUACAUCAGAGAAUUCACACUGGAGAGAAACCUUAUGAAUGUAGAGAGUGUGGGAAGGCCUUCUCCCAGAAGUCACAGCUGAUUAUACAUCAUAGAGCUCAUACUGGAGAGAAGCCAUAUGAAUGUACUGAAUGUGGGAAAGCCUUCUGUGAGAAGUCCCACCUCAUUAUCCAUAAAAGAAUUCACACUGGGGAGAAACCGUACAAAUGUGCUCAAUGCGAGGAAGCCUUCAGCAGGAAGACAGAACUCAUUACACAUCAGUUAAUUCAUACUGGGGAGAAACCUUAUGAAUGUACUGAAUGUGGGAAGACCUUCUCCCGGAAGUCACAGCUCAUCAUACAUCAGAGAACGCAUACUGGAGAGAAACCCUAUAAAUGCAGUGAAUGCGGAAAAGCCUUCUGUCAGAAAUCACAUCUCAUUGGACAUCAGAGAAUUCACACAGGAGAAAAACCUUAUGUAUGCAGUGAAUGUGGGAAAGCCUUCUCUCAGAAGUCCCACCUCCCAGGGCAUCAGCGCAUUCAUACAGGAGAGAAACCUUACGUAUGUGCUGAAUGUGGAAAGGCCUUUUCCCAGAAGUCAGACCUUGUUUUACAUCAGAGAAUUCAUACUGGGGAGAGACCCUAUCGGUGUGCUGUAUGUGGGAAAGCAUUCAUUCAAAAGUCACAACUCACUGUACACCAGAGAAUUCAUAACAGUGGUAAAAUCAUAAUGAACUGAACACAGAAAAGCCUUCUGAGUAUUAGCUCAAGCCUUAAUAAGUACUAGGAACCUGACUGAUUUGAUAUUUAUGGGACAUCUUUAUAGAUAAAAUUUUACAAGAGAAUUCGUGUCUGUAGUGUGGUGAUACCUAGCUCAGCAAAGAUGAUGGAAAAUAAUCAUAAAUGAAGAACAUUUCCAACAUGGUGUAUAAAACUUUUAAAGUUAUGGUCCGUAGAACAAAUUAUGUAUAUAGAAUAUUGUUAAGUUACAUAUUCUUUAUUAUACUACAUUAACGAUAACCAGACAUUGUGAAAUUGCUAAUAUUAGCUUGACAUAAUUUUGGCCAUACAGUAAUUCCCAAUAAAGGACAUGAGGAAGGCUUGAGUAAAAAGAAAAAGAAAGAAAAUCAACUCCUAGAAACUACAUUAUAAGGAGGGGCUUAGCAUGACCCCUAAAGAUACAUGUAAAAUUCUUGUACAAAGAUGGAAAGAUAGGUGGAUCAGAUUCAAUACAGGUGAUGUUUAUGCAUUUUCCCAUCUCAAGCAUAUAAGUUGACCUGUCUCUCUGGAAGGAUCCUGGACCUUGAAAUCAGUGCACCUUGACCAGAUCUCCCAUUUAUUCUUCCUCACUGAGAGUUUGGUAUUGUGGAAAUGCUUUGGUACUGAGCCAGAUGGUCUUGUGUUUUAAUCCUGGCUCAGCUACUCACAGAUUGUGUGACUUCAAGCAAGCCUGCUUAACCCAUCUGAAUAUUUUCUCUUAUCAUUAAAAAAAUGUAGAGCACAUUUUCAGUUUAUAUUAGUUCUUUUUAUCUUUCUCUUUAUCCUCCCGCAACUGGAUGCUAAGACUAAUGUGUAAAAACUACAUCUAAACUUGCUUUGCAUUCCAGACACUCUGCUUUUGAUAUCCCAUUCCCAUGCCUGUUCAUUUUACUGUCUUU